AUGCCGCUGCAAGCAGUACUCGCCGGGCUCUGGCCGCAGCUUAGGAGAGGAAGUCCAGGCGGGUCCCCGGGGGGCGCGCAGCCCACCCAGCUUCCAGGGCCAAUCCACAAGGGCCGCGCAGGAGCGGCCUGCCCGAGCGUGGUCCAAGGCGCAGGCAGGGAGGCCAGGAGGACCGAGCAUUCUGGGCGUCUGCGCCCCAGCCCCACCAGACCCCAGGCACCCCAGAUCCGCCCUCCCGAGCGCACGCGGUGCCCUGCCGUGUCGCUCUCGGCUCUGCCGGCGGGCGGGCGGGCGGAGGACAGAAAGGGCGAGGGCGGCGGGAGCCUAACGCCCCGUCCCCAGGCUCCUCGCGGCGCCGCCUCGGGCCGGCGCGCUGCGCACAAGCUGACUUCCAGCGUCUGCUCGCCUAGUGGACAAACGAGGGGUGUCCAGGCCACGCUGGCCCCUCCUGUCGCCAUGGCGGGGGCGGCGUGUGUCUCUCCCGCCGUGGUGGCGCUUUCUCCGCAAAGAAAAGGGCACUUCUGCCAAAAGAGGUCCCAGGGGGACGGCCGAGGAGGAGCCCGGAGCUCGGAGGAGAGGGCGCUCCGCACCGGCUGGCACCGCGCCUCCGCCCGCCCCUUCCCUGCCUCCCCAACGGUUGUCAGACGGCCGGGCGGGCCGGUCGGGACGCGGCCUACGGGCCGCACCGGCCGCCCGGGCGCUCGGCGGGCGGAGGUGGCCCGGCCGGCUCGGGGCACCACGUGCUCGGCGGGAGGGGCGGGAGCGGCCGGCGAGGGCGGGUGGCGGGGAGGGGGCGGGCGGGGAGCCGGGGGCGGGGCCAGAGCUCAAGGGGAUGCCAAUCAAAGCAUCAACUUCAAAUUGUGUCUGAAAGCCGCGCCGCCGAGCGGAGGGCGGCCGCCGCAGUCGGCGCGCGAUCGCGGAGCCGGGCGCAGCCGGGAGCCGGGCGCCAGCGAGCACCGGGCCUAG